AUGGCGGCACCAAAGUCCGCAUUGUUGCGCCAAAAUCUCAGCAGCCCAUCGAACGAGUUUGGAUUUGCAGACCCUCGACCUAUAAGAUCACUAGCGGAAGGCCUGGCCGCUUCUGAUGACUCUCGUGAUACUGUCGUUCUUGUCAACAGCGGGCUAUCAGGCGGUGAUAUAGACCGGACGACAGCGGCAAUCUCUGCUCAAGUUUCUGCAGCCGGGAAGAAUUCAACAACGAUCACAAAUCCUUCCGAUCUUGGCUCCAUUUGCCGCUCAUCGUUCCGUGCGACUACUACCUGCUACGGUGCCGUCGUUUUCCAUGCUUCCCCCACCGAGGGUGAUGGAGGCCUUUGGAAUUACACUUUGCGCGGAGAUGGAGCCUUUGGGUCAUCAUUUAGGGUCAACAACGACGACAGUGAUAUUCAAGUGUACACGCUCCCUCUUCAACAUGCCAUCGACUCUGCCAUUGCCAGUCUUAACUCGACGAAUGGUAGUUCAGCGUCUCUCGAGAAUGCCCAGGAGUGGGGGUUCACCGACGAGACCGAAGACGAACGACAAGCCGGCGUCCGAAGGAAAUACCAAAAGACAUUCAUCGAUUAUCUGGCAGUCUCCUUCAUCCUGGCGCUAAUUGGAGUUAGCUACCAUCUGCCCGGUCACGUCGCAACUGAGCGAGAGAAGGGGCUCUCCCAACUCAUCGACUCAAUGAUGUCCACUCGUCAUGACUGGGAGGCCCAAGUCAUCCGCAUGUUGUCAAAUUUCUACUCUUUUGUCACAAUCUACUUCCCAGGCUGGGUCGUCGCAUCGGUCAUAGCGAGGAGCAUGAUAUGGAGAGAGACUAGCAUCGGCAUUGUUCUAGUCUUCUUCAUCUUGGGUGGCCUGGCUCUUACUUCGCAAGCCAUCCUCGGCGCGACUUUCUUCAAGAAGGCUCAGCUUUCCGGUGUCAUCAACUCUCUAGUCUAUGUCCUUCUUGGUGUUUUGGCACAGGCACUCCCCAACCCAAGCACUGGCGCCGUCGCUGUUUUGAGCCUGCUAUUUACCCCAUGCGCCUUCGUCUUCUUUAUUAGAUCCAUGGCGCGAUUUGAGGGCGAGGGACAACCGAUGAAUCUUCUCAAGACGUCACCAGGAAGCAAUUCUACUCUUCCAGGCAUUGUGAUCUGGAUCUUCCUGAUCCUGCAGUUCAUUAUCUACCCGCUACUUGCCGCCUAUGUCGAACGUCAGAUUCAUGGAGUCGGCUCCGAGAGUCGUAAAAUCUACAAGGGUGAUGGUGUCCAGCCACGAGAAGCUGUAGUCAUCAACGGCUUAACCAAGGUUUAUCACCCAAGUCUUUUUCGACGGCUGUUCUCCUUCAUAUCUAAGCCUCACGCUCCUACAGUGGCUGUUGAUCGUCUUAAUCUGACAGCAAAGAGGGGUCAGAUCCUAGCACUUCUCGGUGCCAAUGGAAGUGGAAAGAGCACGACCCUCGAUGCCAUCGCUGGGAUUAGCCGGUUCAACCAUGGCGGUGUCUUUAUAGAUGCCUCUGGUGGAAUUGGUAUCGCGCCACAGAAGAACGUUCUUUGGGAUGAGCUCACCGUUGCCGAACACAUCACGAUCUUUAAUCAGCUCAAGUCUCCGUGGAACCUUGCGAGCAAGGAGGACUCCAAACACUUGAUCGACUCGAUUGGCCUAUCGACAAAGCGUAAAUCCCAAUCACGACAUCUGUCUGGCGGGCAAAAGCGCAAACUCCAGCUUGGCAUGAUGUUAACUGGUGGAAGUGCCGUCUGCUGCGUUGAUGAAGUGUCUUCUGGCAUUGACGCGCUCUCAAGGCGGAAGAUCUGGGACAUCCUUCUUUCGGAACGUGGCAAGAGGACCAUCAUUCUGACGACGCAUUUCCUCGACGAAGCCGACUUACUUGCCGAUAAUAUUGCGAUACUAUCCAAGGGCAGCCUGAAAGCCGAAGGCUCGUCUGUAGCCCUGAAGAACGCUCUCGGAGACGGCUACCGUAUUCACGUCCUCAAUGCAAAGGAUUUGAGAGCUCCUCCAGAGAUUCAUGGCGCCACAUUAGCUGUGUCGUCAAAUACCAUCAUCUACACUGCUCCCUCAUCGAGAAUCGCCGCCGAUGUAAUCCGUCACCUUGAGACUCAAAGCAUUUCCUACCGCAUCUCCAGUCCAAAUAUUGAAGAUGUGUUCCUCAAUGUGGCCGAUGAGGUGCAACGGGAGGGUCUUCAGCCGCUUAAUCAGGCGAGAGGCCAUGGGUCAGUGGACUCUGGCAAAGGUCUCGCAGAAAAGUCUGUUGUGAAUGGGGGACAAGACUUGUUGGGGCUUCAGUCUGGCCGUCAGACGGGUAUUUUUGAGCAAAUCCCUACUCUGAUUCGUAAACGCUUCACGUUACUCAAGACCAACUGGAUUCCAUACGCCAUCGAAUUUCUUGUUCCGAUCGUUGCAGCGGCAAUUAUGCAGCUUCUUGUCGCCGACGAAAGCCCUGCUAGCUGCGACGUCGUAGACAUUAGUCAAGCUUCUGCGGAAGGCUUCGAUGACUACAGGACGGCUUUCGACCGAGCUCUUAUUGCUGCUGGUCCUUCUUCCUCCUUCUCUAGCUCCUCAUUUGGCGACCUUUUUGGCUUCUUGCUUCCGGGACCCAAUAGCUCCAUCAACACCGAACUUGUGCAAAGUGCUACCUACGCCGACCUUAUGCGAUACGUGGAAGGCAAUCGCAAGAAUGUCACUCCUGGUGGAUUUUGGGUUGGCAGCCCAGAUACACCCUCAACAGUUGCCUACCGAGCAGACAAUGAGGGAGCAGGGGCAGUCCUCGCAGCGGUCAUCAUGCACAACCUACUCAGUAUCGUGAAAACGAAUAUCAGCAUUGCGACCACAUACACCCCAUUUGACAGCGUCAUCCCCUCUUCGACGUCAUCCACAAUUCAGUUGGCCAUCUUUUUCAGCAUCGUCUGCUCGAUUAUUCCGUCGUUCUUUGGAUUGUAUCCCAACGCUGAGAAACACAGCCAUGCUCGUGGCUUGCAAUACUCCAGUGGAGUGCGGUCGCUAUCUACAUGGACGUCGCACCUCAUCUUCGACUUCGGAGUCUUCUUCCUCCCUCUCCUGAUCGCAGCUAUCAUAUUUGUGGUCUCCUCGGACAUCUGGUACGCUCCGGGCUACCUGUUCCCAGUGUUCUUGUUGUACGGCAUCACCUCGAUUCUACUGUCUUAUGUCAUUUCGCUCUUCACCAAUAGCCAAGUUGCGACUUUUGCUGCAAUAAUGGCCUACAAUAGUGUUGGUUUUGCGAUCUAUCUGAUCGCCUUUCUCUUCAUCGUCACCUUUUCGCCGUCCAUUGUCACAGAUCGCAAUAUUCUGAUAGGGCAUUACACUAUCUCGGCCUUCUUUCCCGUCACAUCCGUCUUCCGAGCCCUUCUCGUUGGUCUCAAUACCUUCUCAUUGGCAUGUUCCGCUACCGGUCUUGGAUAUCCAGGCGCCAUCAAUGCAUAUGGAGGUCCAAUCCUCUACCUCAAGUUCGGUAGCUUCACUGCUGUUGACAAUGUCUCAUUCGGUGUUCGCCACGGAGAGGUGUUCGCGCUUCUCGGUCCCAACGGUGCCGGGAAAUCAACAACCAUCUCACUCAUUCGGGGUGAUAUCCAGCCCAGCCGCAACGGCGGCGACGUUUUCGUCGAGCAAGUUUCCGUCACCGACCAGAGAGCACGAGCCAGGACAAACCUCGGAGUAUGUCCACAAUUUGACGCGGUUGAGUCCAUGAGUGUGCUUGAACAUCUCCGCCACUACGCGAGGCUGCGUGGAGUUGGCGAUGUUGAGCAGCAAGUUCAAGCAGUUGUGCGUACCGUCGGCCUCGAUGCCCAUGUCAACGUCAUGGCGCAACACUUAUCAGGGGGCAACAAGCGUAAACUCUCCCUUGGCAUCGCCCUCACAGGGAAUCCGUCAGUGAUAUUGCUUGACGAGCCAUCUUCGGGCCUCGAUGCUGCUGCGAAGCGCAUCAUGUGGCGAACACUCAGCACAAUUGUGCCAGGUCGUUCUAUACUUUUGACAACCCACAGCAUGGAAGAGGCCGAUGCCCUCGCUAAUCGAGCCGGCAUCAUUGCACAACGCAUGUUAGCCAUCGGUGAAGUUGAGCAGCUUCAAAGCCGCUUCGGAGACUCCCUGUACGUUCAUCUGGUCAGUCGCACUGCUCCACACUCGAAAUCAGGAGAAAUGGAUCGCAUGCGAAGCUGGAUUCUACAGCAAUUUCCUUCCGCACAAGUGGAGUCUGAAACAUUUCACGGCCAAUUGCGGUUCUCAGUCGCGGCAUCAGAUGUGCUACAAAGAUCUCAGCUGAGCCACCAGAGCAGAACGAGGCUGCAAGGUGGGGAGAGCUGCCAGUUGAGUGCAAUUGGUCAACUUAUCGUGAUGUUCGAGGAAAACAAGGAUGUCUUAGGCAUCGAGCAUCACAGUGUCAGUCCAACCACGCUCAACGACGUCUUUCUUUCCAUUGUUGGGCAGCAUGAUGUGCAAGAGGAGGGUUACGGAACAACAGCCACUGAGAAUGGAAAGAAGAAAAUCAACUGGCGAAAGAUCUUACUUGGGUUCUAG